AUGACUGACCAUAGAGCUGAAGACAACGCCGUCUCCGGCCAGCCCCUGCUCAAGAAGAAGCCCAAAAGAAACCUGUACGCCAUCGGUUGCGCCAUUUUGGCCUCCAUGACUUCAAUCUUGCUGGGCUACGAUAUUGGUGUGAUGAGUGGAGCUUCAAUCUACAUACAGGAGGACCUGAAAAUCUCGGACGUGGAAGUUGAGAUCCUCAUCGGGAUUCUGAACCUUUACUCGCUCAUCGGCUCCGCCGCCGCCGGCAGAACUUCCGACUGGAUUGGCCGCCGGUACACUAUCGUCUUCGCCGGAGCCAUAUUCUUCACCGGAGCUCUCCUCAUGGGCUUCGCUACCAACUUCGCCUUCCUCAUGGUCGGUCGGUUCGUGGCCGGAAUCGGUGUCGGCUACGCCCUGAUGAUCGCUCCGGUCUACAACGCCGAGGUCUCCCCGGCGUCAUCUCGCGGCGCCCUCACGUCUUUCCCGGAGGUCUUUGUCAAUAUUGGCAUAUUAUUGGGGUAUGUUGCCAACUAUGCCUUCUCCGGGCUCCCGAUUAAUUUGGGCUGGCGGCUCAUGCUCGGAGUCGGCGUAUUUCCCUCCGUUAUUCUCGCCGUUGGUGUCUUAACAAUGCCCGAGUCGCCUCGAUGGCUUGUCAUGCAGGGUCGGCUUGGCGAUGCCAAGCACGUCCUCGACAAAACCUCAGACUCCGUGGAAGAAGCUCAGCUUCGGCUAGCCGACAUCAAAGAAGCCGCGGGCAUCCCCGAGCAUUGCACCGAAGACGUUGUUCAGGUCCCCAAGCACAGCCACGGCGAGGAGGUGUGGAAGGAAUUGCUCCUCCAUCCAACGCCCCCUGUUCGUCACAUUUUAAUUGCAGCCGUUGGUUUCCACUUCUUUCAACAGAUGUCAGGCAUCGACGCCCUCGUUUUGUACAGCCCAAGGAUCUUUAAAGCGGCUGGGAUCACUGACGCUAGCACGUUGCUGCUCGCAACAGUGGCAGUUGGAUUUUCCAAGACCAUUUUCACCCUGAUUGCCAUAGGUUUCCUCGAUCGGGUCGGACGACGCCCGUUGCUUCUAACGAGCGUGGCCGGGAUGAUAGCCUCGCUUCUCUGCCUCGGUACGAGCCUCACAAUCGUCAAUCAUGAAAACGAGAAGAUGAUGUGGGCGUCCGUUUUGUGCUUGAGCAUGGUAUUAGCCUACGUUGGGUUCUUCUCGAUCGGGAUGGGGCCCAUUGCGUGGGUCUACAGCUCUGAGAUCUUCCCGUUGAAGCUACGUGCUCAAGGUUGCAGCAUGGGAACAGCCGUGAAUAGGAUUAUGAGUGGAGUCCUCACAAUGACUUUUAUCACGCUGUAUAAGGCGAUCACGAUGGGUGGGACGUUCUUUCUUUAUGGAGCAAUUGCUACGGUUGGUUGGGUGUUCUUUUAUACAAUGCUCCCGGAAACACAGGGUAGAACCCUUGAAGACAUGGAGGUCUUGUUUGGCAAAUUCUGGAGGUGGAGGGAAGGCUAUGCGCUGCUCAGAAACAAAAGGGCCGUCGUAUGUUAG